GUUUCCUUGGAAUUAAUGGGACAAAAAAGCAUGCACAUAAGGUGAGUGUUAAGGAAGAGAGAGAGAGAGAAGGCAUGAAUGGGGAACUUAAAUGCUAUUUUCCUUGUUGGCUCCUCUUUCUCUGUGCAGUCUUCAAUUUUAUCUACAGGUAACUGUAGACCUGUGCUUGUUUCCUUGGAAAUGAGAUGUGAGAUGGCGCAGAAUCCUCAUCAUUCGCUACUCUUUCUUUCUUUCCAUGUAGACUUCCAAGGAGAAGCCCUCCUUUUAAGUCACCGCCAACGAGCAGAGCCAACGAGCCAUCCAUCAAACCUAGACUAGACUUCCAUGGCAGCACUUGGGUUCGCCGUUGAUGCCACUCUCUCUCGGACUUCUUCCGCCCACUCUGAUACCCGUGUCGCCAAGGACGAACCUGUCAUGCCGUUGGAGGAAGAGGAACAGCGGCAGGAAGGGAUCGGAGAGCAACCCGAGUUCAAUGGGAAGCUGUUGGACCUUAGCUUGUCCAACUCGGACACAGAGAAGACCACGUCGCCGGGGACGCCAGUGUUUGUGCUCAAUCUCAUCGAGUCCUUGGGUUCCGUGGAGCCACCGAAUCCGGAGUCGUCGGAGUCGGAGCCCCGCGUGUUCUCGUGCAACUACUGCCGUCGGAAGUUCUACAGUUCGCAGGCGUUGGGCGGGCAUCAGAACGCGCACAAGCGCGAGCGGUCCCUGGCGAAGAACGGCGGCCGCGGGGGUGCCCGGCUCGGCGACCAAUUCAGCCACAGGCUUCCGCCGAGCAUGGCGGCGCUGCCACUGCACGCGUUGUACGGCGGGCGGCAUCUGGGCGUUCAGGUGCACUCGAUGAUACACAAGCCUUACUACGGCACUUCCUCUGGCCUCGUGUUACACGAACAGCACCGGCCGACGAUGAUCUUCGACCAGCAACAUGGCGUCGGCACAAGGACGUCGGUUCUCGUGGAACGGUUCGACGAGCCUGGGGUAAUGACCGGGGACAUCCGAUGGGUUGACGCCGGAGACAGUGGUGUAGGGAGCAGGAAGGAGGUGCAGAUGCUUGACUUGACCUUAAGGCUGUAGAGAGGUGGUGUUAGGAGCUCAGCGGUUGCUUCUUCUUCCUUUCACUUCAUCCCCCUGUUCUGGUUCUCUCUCUUGGUGAAACCAAUGGUUAAUAUAGAUUGCUUGUUCAGAAUGAGGAGCUUCACCGAUUUGCCGAAUCGUAAACUCCUUUCUGUUUAGGCCAUAACAUGGAAGAAGAGAGAAGGAAACACAGUAUAAAUCCGAUAACAAAGUGGCAAAUAUGGUCUUUGAUCAUCCUUACUGAUUAAGAUGACACUUAAUUAUCUUGGAUAAUGCAUGCAUGUAGUAUUAUCCAAUGAAAGAAAUCUCAAAUAUCACAAAUUUCACUUUAAAUAAACCCUUCUCUAACAUAUAAUCAAUUUUUUGAUAUAUAUAUAUAUAUAUAUGCACCACUAAAGCCUUGUAGUGAACUUUAUUCUGCAGUGAUAAUUACAAAGGUAUUUUUGCUGUCAACUCUAUAUAAUAAGUCACCAUUAUCUCAAAAACAGUGCUUUAGACAGCACAAAAAUGUGGCAAUAACCAUGGAUAUGGAUGUAAAAAAAAAAAAAAAAACUUAAUUUAAUUUCAAUCUUCCAUGCAAUAAGGUAAGUUGAAUUUACAGGCCACAAGAAAUAAAGAGAGAGAGAGAGAGAGAGAGAGAGGUGUACAGCAUAGUUUUGUUUAACUUCAUCCAGAAGCAGUUAUUUAAGAUUAUAGGCAUAUAUUGCAUUGAUUUCAAAGACAUAAAGAGCCAUUACAACUAGAUUAAACUCCUCUGCAGGAAGUAAGCUGGCAUCAUGACAAGAGAGUAGGCUCAAAUGCAGGAAAUGCUUAAGUUUCUGAGGGCCAGUUAGGAAUAAGAAGGGACCUGCAGGUUGUAGUAGUAACAGCAAUUACUAACCACAAAUUAGUGCAAUAAAACUUGCUUUUCCACAAUAUCUUAAUGCAUUUAGGUACUUGAAAGGUUCAGGUGAACUAUAGGGAAUUUUCUUCAUCCUUGCAUCAUUUGAUUUGAUGCUCCUAUUCAAUGAGAAUCUACUGUUGGUCUUUAUCCUGCUACAUCAAUAAGCUUUGUUUAGAAUCAAUCCCCUUUACAACUUACUAAUAAAAGAAAAAAAGGAAAAAAAUAUUGUCUUUUCAAAAGGUCUUUGCAAGUGAGUGGAAUCAUCAACAUUUAAUUCUCAGAGAAUCUAGAAAGAACAGCUUAUGGCUUAUAACAUGUACAAAUUAUUAUUUUUAUUCAAAUAACUAACAAAUUUCUUAUGGAGAAAUAUUCUUAUGACAUGUUGGCUAGCAAAGAAAAGAUAUUUGAGCUGUUCUGAAUAAGAACUUGUAACAAUGUGUACAAUGAAAUGAAGAGAGAUGAGUUAUUGUAAGGUUAUAGACUAUGUUUUCGGCUUUAAGGCCACUAGUGAUUGGGCUAACCCAACUCGAUUACUGGGCUGCAUUACCACAUUGGGUUGGACCUGUUGAGAGUCUUUGGAAUAACCCAACCGAUAGAGACAUUUCCACAAACACUUGAUGUGCACUAUAUAAAAAAAAUGUGUACCUUGCUUUGGCUGCGAUUCGCACCGAUGUCGGUAGCAAAGCGUAUCCGACGGUGAUGGGCACCGUGUUUACAGCGCGUCCGUCAUGGCCCACGCCGCCUCUUUCGCUCAGCGGCACAGCCGUCGCCCUCUGACUCAUUCCCAGCCUGUCUCUCAAUACAAAAAUGCGUACAGCGUGGGGGAUCGAGGAGAGAUCCAGAGGCUCGAGAGCGGAAAGGUUUCAUCUGGUGCAGGCGCAACGAUGGCCACUGUAGCAGGGCAUGCCCUGCUACAGUGCGUCUUCGACCGAUGCAUCGCCGCCUUCGACACGGAGGUGCGACGGCGGCCAUACCACCGCAACUGCGGCUGCGCCUUGCACCGAGCCGGGCAAUCCCCGGAGGGCCUCCCCUGCAACGGCCGCGUCUCGUUCCGGAUCCAUCCAUCCGGGGGAGAUCUCGCCGCUUCCAUGUCGGUCUCCGGCGGGCCGAAGACACAGAGCUGGAAGACGAAGCCCCCACCUUAUGCAGCGAAGUGAUGUGUCUGAGCCCUUCUAUCUAUCUAUCUAACUAUCUAUCAAUCAAAACCAAACCUUUGCUUUCAUCGUUCUUUCUUUCUUCUUCUCAUUCCAAAAUCUAAAAUGAAGCCGACCAAAAAUUUCAGCAACUUUGGUAUGAACCUUUUUUGAUCCCUUGAAGUGAUUUCUGUGGAUUGAAUCUGUAGCAGGCAGCAUUAAACGCCAUGUAAAUUAUUUCUCAAGGAAUCAACGAUGAAUGCUUGAUCAAA